AUGUCUCCGACUAAACGAAGCCGUGGGCUAUUUGCCUGCUUCAAUGGUCGCCUUCUUUAUUCUUGCGGCAUCAUUGCGCUGUCGCAGCUCAACUUUGGCAUGGAUCAAAGUGCCUUCAGCAACACGCAAGCCAUGCCAGCAUUUAAACGACAAUUCGGUACCUAUGACGAAGCUACAAAGACAUAUGUUCUCGAGACAGUCUUUUUGUCUCUGUUGAACAGCGUCAACUUUGUUGGUUUUGUCUUUGGUCUUGUUUUCGGUAAUCUUACCAGUCGACGCUUUGGCCGUCGGAUCGCCAUGUUUGUCAUGUGUUUUUGGGCUCUCCUGUCGGCUGUGAUUCUCAUCACGUCAAAGACUCAGACUCAGGCAAUCACUGGACGAACGAUUGCUUAUGUCUACAUCGGCAUGGAACUUGCUCUGGUUCCUGUACUCCAGUCUGAGCUUGUUCCAGCUGACGCUCGUGGAUUCGUUGUUGGUACUUAUCAAUCUGGUUUAUAUUCGCCUCGAUGGCUGUUGACUCGCGAUCGACAGGAGGAGGCGCUCAAGUCACUCAAGCUCCUCCGACAGGGCGCCUACACAGAUGAAGAGAUCAACUCUGAGUUCGAAGAGAUGCAAAGGGCUAUCAACACUACUAUCAAGAAGGGCAGCUUUAUGGAUCUGUUCCGUGGCACCAAUCUCAAGCGCACUCUCAUCACUGUUGGCGUCAACAUCUUCCUGCAGCUCACGGGCCAGAACUUUAGUUCCAAGUAUGGUACCAUUUUCAUCCAGAGUCUUGGAACGGUGAACCCUUUCGCCAUGUCGUGCAUCAAUUCUUCUGUUGGCAUCGUCACGGUGUUUUUCACCCAGAUGUUGACCGACAGGACUGGAAGAGUUCCCCUUCUGGUCGCUGGUGCUUUGAUCCAGACGGCCAGUCUCAUGACCAUGGGAGGUCUUGGCACCGUAGAGAACCCCUCGCACAGCGUCCGCACUGGCAUCGUUGUCACCGUGACCCUCUUCACCUUCGGAUUCUCGCUUGGUUGGGCUCCCCUGUCACACGUCGUCGCAGCCGAAAUCCCCACCACAGGCCUCCGAGACCUGACGUACGCCCUUGGCUCCGUCUUCAACAUUGUCAUCCAAUGGGCCGUCGCCUUUAGCAUCCCCUACCUGAUUGACAAGUCCCACGCCGGCCUUGGAUCCAAGGUUGGCUUCAUCUUUGGCACGACGGCGUUCAUGGCGACUCUGUUCUCGUGGUUCUGCAUUCCCGAGUGUGGUGGUAAGACUCUGGAGGAGAUUGAUGAGCUCUUUAUCAGAGGCGUGCCUAUUAGCAAGUUCCGCACUGCAAAGCUCAGCUCCGACUUGGAAGGUUCUGAGAAUGUCGAGGUGUUCAAGGCGAAUGCUUCCGACAUUAGCACCACGGAGAAGGCAAGGGACCAGUGA